AUGUCGUUUUCGCACAGUGUAGCGCAGCGAUUCAACAACAAGAAGCGCCUGGUGAAGGUAUCGUGGGAGAAGACCAGAGAUGAGGACGAAGUGCUGUCGAGUAGACCGCAGGCGCAGGCCAAGCUGCUGGAGCUGUUCGGCAGAGCCGUGCUGAGCGAUAAGCUGCUGCGCGAGAUGCUGCCCGAGUACACCUACAAGAAGCUCAUCGCUGUGCGCGAGGCCGAGCGCGAGAUGGACUCCGACGUGGCCGAGCAGGUGGCCGCUGCCAUGAAGGAGUGGGCCACCAGGCAGGGCGCCACCCACUACACGCACUGGUUCCAGCCCAUGAACGGCUACACCGCCGAGAAGCACGACUCCUUCAUCUCCCUCAACAAGAACGGUGGCAUCGAUCUCAAGUUCGGCGGCUUCAACUUGGUGAAGGGAGAGCCCGACGCGUCGUCGUUCCCCAGCGGUGGCAUUCGCUCUACGUUCGAGGCCCGCGGCUACACGGCGUGGGACAUGAACACGCCGGCCUUCCUGCGCAAGGGCAUCAGCAAGGGCCAGUCGGAGUACACCACCCUCUGCAUCCCCACCGCCUUCUCCUCCUACACCGGAGACGCGCUCGACAGCAAGACCCCACUCAUCCGCUCCGAGGAAGUGCUUUCCAAGGCCGCCGUUCGCUUGCUCCACAUUCUCGGUGAGACCGACGUGAAGCGUGUGUACUCGACCCUCGGAGCCGAGCAGGAGUUCUUCCUGAUCGACAGGGGAUUCUACCUUCUCCGUCCCGAUCUUAUCGCCACGGGCCGUACCCUGAUCGGUGCGAGGCCGCCCAAGGGCCAGGAGCUGGAGGAGCACUACUUCGGCAAGAUGCCGCGCAGGGUGCAGGCCUGUCUUGAGGAGGUCGACCAGGAGCUGUGGGAGCUGGGCGUGCCCUCGAUGACCAGGCACAACGAAGUGGCCCCUUCGCAGUAUGAGAUGGCCCCCAUCUUCGAGAAGUCGACCCUCGCGUGCGACCACAACAUGCUUACCAUGGAAAUUAUGAGGGACGUCGCCAAGAAGCACGGCCUCGUGUGUCUGCUCCACGAGAAGCCGUUCUCCUACAUCAACGGAUCGGGCAAGCACAACAACUGGUCCAUGUCGACCAACACCGGCAAGAACCUGCUCAACCCGGGCGUCACGCCCGAGCAAAACCUGACCUUCCUCACCUUCCUCACGGCCGUUCUGCGCGCCGUCCACCUGCACGGCGACUUGCUUCGCGCCGUCGUCACCGUCCCCGGCAAUGACUACCGUCUGGGCGCCAACGAGGCUCCUCCCGCCAUCAUUUCCGUCUUCUUGGGCAGCCAUCUUAACGCCGUACGUGCACUGUGGUGUUGUGUGUGUGUGUGUGUGUGCUCUAUUUGCGACCGUUGCUAA